CCGCAAGACAGCAGAAAAGUUGAACCCCGUCGUAACAGGCCUGAAAAAAAUACGGAGUUGAAUCUUGAGGCGCGUUGUCUGGGGUGGGCGGAAUGUAGAACAGCAUUUGUGAAGUCAUUUGCGCUCCACAGCGUCAAGCAGCGCGAUAUCCAGGGCAUUGCUAGCGACACCGACGGGCGUGAAACAACAGAGCCAUGGACCCUGAGACGGUCGUCAAGCCGCUUUCCUGGUUCGUUUCCCGCCCAUUCAAGAGGUCCGCUGUUGUCGUCAUUGCUGGCGCUGCCGUCGUUCUCCUCCAGCUCUCACUAGUUCGGUGCGAAACGGACUGGACCGAGUUCGAGCCCAAGGCGUGCCGGGCCGCGGUGAGUGGGGGUGGCAAGGGCCGCACUCCCGGCCUGUGCGUGCCCCUGACCUGGUGCCCACCCCUGGUGGCGGCGGCCGGUCGCGGGCGCCGACCGCGCUCGUGCGGCUUCCACGAGAGCUCGCUGCUGGUGUGCUGCCCGUCGGCCGACGUGGUGAACCCGACGACGUCGAACACAGGCACGCUAUCUCCCAGGCAGCCACCCGCUGACGAGGGCCCCCGGAACGAGCCAGGCUGCGGCGCCGUGGUCGACGAUCCAGGGGUGGUCACUAACGGACCGAAUGGAGGCGUGAGGCUUACGAGGUCUACGUGGCCUUGGAUGGCGGCCAUAUUCAAAGCCGACAAGUUCAUCUGUGGUGGUUCUCUAUUGGAUCGCAAUACGGUGCUGACGGCGGCUCAUUGCUUCCCCGACCUCAGGGAUGAUGCCGGAAUGUACAAGGUGCGUGUGGGCAUCUUUGAGGUGAACGAGACGGUGAGUUCGCACAGCGCCAACCUUCCCGUCCGCUGGAUCCGGCUGCAUGAUCGCUACCGGGUGGACCGGCACUACAACGACAUUGCGCUCGUGAAGACCGCCACCAAGGCUUCCUACGGGAGCCACAUCGGCGCGGUGUGCCUGCCGCAGCCGGACCUCAAGCUCGGUGGACAGGUCGUCGUGCUCGGCUGGGGACACACGGCUUUCGGUGGUCGGUACGCGCACCGUCUGCAGGAAGGUCGUGUGUCGGUCAUCAGCAACGAGGAGUGCGACGAGAUCAUGCGCAGAUCGUCCAGCUACAAGGUCGCCACACCUGACGGCAUCACCGAGGACUUCGUGUGCGCCGUCAACCACACGGGCGUCGACGCUUGCCAGGGUGACUCAGGGGGACCCUUGCUGGCUCUGGGCCUCGACUUCCGGUGGAACGUGGUGGGAGUGGUGUCGUUCGGCAUCGGUUGCGGCGGCCGCUUUCCCGGAGCCUAUUCGCGCGUCACAACCUUCCUCGACUGGAUCGCCCGGAACAGGGACUGAACUCGACGGGACGAAGUCACUGGGUCCGCCUGAGCACUGACCCUCCUACUUCACAGAAGUCCAUACAGAAGUACCAUGGCCAACUAUGUGGGAUGUGCCCUGGCCGGUGCGACAUUGGAUACCUAAAGCAUGCGGUGAUAUGCAAUAACCGCGGGCUGCUUCUUAUGUGUCCACUUUGAGUCGAGUGCCUUUGCUAUACCUCUAUCUAAGCUGACAAGGAGAAGUGUCAUCUUCACAUUGUAAGUCUCGAAUUUUGCACGGUGCACAAAAACAUCCUAUGUUCAAACGAGUGCAGUCGCCGUUGCAUAUAGUUGCGUAUUUAGUUGUACUUAGCCCCCGCAUCCCCACUUUCACGUACAUUCUUACGGGCGCUACAACUGAUGCUCCACCUGCGAGUGAAAGGGCAACAAACAUCAACAGCGCUCAGCACGCUCUUGUUUGCAUCCUUUUAUCCAAGCCAUGCGCUCACUUAAUGGCAGUAUAGCAUCUUUCUGGCUCUUAAUGUUACAGCCAUUUUCUUAACCUCAGUUUCGCACACCCUCUUCUAGCAAACAUAAUGUUCAGUCACCGUUAUUGUCGUAGAAGCCAAAGAGAAGUCUGCCCGGGACUUCUCUAGUAAAGGGGGUCGAACCACUGACAUCCCGGUUUAUGAGCCUGGUGCCCUUGUCACAGCCAAAACGCUAAAUGCUGGCGAAACGGCUUCAUAUCUCUGUAGAGCGCAACGUGUGCGUCGAAGCCUAACGAAAAUAAGUGCGCGACUAUGAGGCAAAACUACUGGCGGACUGUUUGCGACAGUCUGUCUGCAGUGAAAAGAAAGCGCGUGUUCUGAAACAAACGUUGCUCGCUUACGUAGGAAAUUCAUUCUUAAGAAAGACUAUAGAACAGUGUGCUGCCGCGUGCACCAAUGAUGUCCUGUAAAGAAGGUACAACGAUUAGCUUUAUAUACUACACAUGCUGCGCAGGCGUGGCUUUCACCUUUCCAUACCGCAAGAAUACGUGUAUGACUCGUGUACCUGUAUAUGCAUGAACUUAUGAAACGGCGAUAUCAUACAGCCUCUUGAUGGCAAUAUUGCAACGCAUACACGUCACACCAUUAUGCUACAACAUUUGAUUACCUACGGUUGGACACUCUGACGUCCUUCAAGCGAUUAACCUAAGCGUGAUAAAGGAAUGCUUUUAUAAAGGGAGAUAAGUCCACAUAGAUAAGUAUAGACCUCACUAAUGAAAUAAAUAAGUCACUUCUACCAAGCGCAGUGGUUCGGUAAGAACAAAAAGCGGCGUGAACGUGCGACUUAUGAUACCGUCAACUUUUUUAUUUAUUUAUGGGAGUCAGGUUUCUGCGAUGUCAUAGGUUCUGGCAAUGGCUGACCGCCGCUAGUUGACUGGAUCGCUCAAUGAUUACUAUAUUACAUUUAAACAAAAAAGUCACCUUUAAAAUUUGUAGCUUUCCCGCAGAAAUAGAUUGUAUGUCCGCGAAGAUACUGCGAAAGUCUUGACGUCAUACAAUAGCGUUAUCGAUGCCAUGGUUUAGAUCCUAGAGAAACUGAAAAGCCGAGGCUUCACCUUCAAUUAACACUUUGUCCGCUCAAGUCUACCACUUUCCUAUUUUUUCGUUGUGGUAAAAGAAAAUCGUUUAAGUUUAAAAUAACAAUGAGCUAUUUAUGAAACAACUACCGUACUUUCUAGUCUGUGUAAUCCGCGGACAAUGCAUAUGUGUUAAAAGCUAAAAUUCCGCUCGCGGAGCGCAACGCACUGGUGCGCAUCUAUACGUGAUGUAGCUUUUCAAAUCGCUUCUUAGAGCUGAACAGGCAUCGUGCGACUGCGUAAAGCGUGGUUUAGGUGUCAUUGUUGUUUGAUGUGUCAUCACUACGCAUUUUUAGUAAUGCCCAUGCGAUAAAAGGAAAAAAAUUGGCAGCCGAUCCGCGAAGUGAAUGCCGAUGAUGGAGCGAAGCUCCUUGGAC